AUGCUUGCCCUCUGGCAAGGUGGCAAAGGCGGGGCCGCGCCAGCCCGGUUGGUUGCGAUGGGUGACAUGUUUUGUUGGAAGAGUUUCUUACACGCUGGCCCCGACGCAAAGGCCGUGAGCGGCCUGGUCUUCAAGGAGGCAGCAAGGGAGGUGUCGUGUCCGUGCAGGAUACACAGCAGGAUCCUUCUUCUCGGCGUCCAGAAUAUCCCCCUGAGCAAUCAGUUCCGGGGCGCCAGCCACAAGACGACCUCCAGGCGCGCAUCGCCAGCAUUGCGGCCCAGUCAAAGGCCCGCGCUGAGGCCGGCGAAGCAAUCUUGGGUGAGACCUUCUCCAAGGGGGGCAAGCACGACAAGCCGGUGGAGGAGGAAGAAGUCUCCUCAGAUCAAGGUUCUGACACCGCUGGGGAAGACCACGGCUAUUCAUCAGGUGACUACGCGGUUGACCGGGACUUCGAGAGCGCUGGGAGUUUUCAGGUCUACUGCCGGCGGUUCGGUGUCUCUUUUUGUAAAGGGUUAA